AUGACCCAAAUAACGAUCCCCAUAAGCUACUACAAGCUCCCUGUCAGUUUUGGCUCAGGAUUUGUCACCCACGAUGGGUCCGCAGAGCCUAGCACUUGGUUCGACUCCCUAUUCUGGUGGAAUCGCAAGCAGCAGGAACGAUGGGUGAAAAGCAAAGAUCUGGGCGUUGGCGCCUUCGGACAUGUCUGGUUAGAAUCGUGUUCCAGCAGCGACAGUGAGCCGCCUAAGCUCCGCGCGGUGAAACGAGUGCAGAAGGUCAUCAUGUUUCACCACAAUAUGGAUUAUACCCGCGAAAUCCAAGCGAUGGUGCGGUUCUCGCAGCCCAAGUAUGCCAGCUUUUUCGUCAAGUCGCUCGGAUGGUUCGAGGAUCCCGACUCAGUCUAUAUUACGAUGGAGUACUUUGAACUUGGGGAUCUGUCCAAAUACCUAUCGAGCCAGCCCUUGCAGGAAGCGGAGGCUCGGGAGAUUAUCUUUCAGUUACUCUCGGGGCUCGAGCUCUUGCAUGACAACGGAUUCGUCCAUCGCGAUCUCAAGCCGGCGAACAUUUUCGUGGUGCAGGGCGCCCCUAAUUGGCAUGUUAAGAUCGGUGACUUUGGAAUCAGCAAGCGAGUCAAAGACGGGACCCGCCUGCGAACGGUUAUCGGCACACCCCAGUACCUCGCCCCCGAAGUGCGGGACGGUAUAUAUGGGGUCAUGGAAGACGAGGAUGGGGACCUAGCAUACACCAAUUCAGUUGAUAUGUGGUCCGUUGGCGUCAUCUCUUUCUAUAUCCUCACAGGAUCCUUACCAUUCAAGAAUUCUUCCCAUGUCCGGGCUUUUGUGCGGGGAGUGGAGUCGAGUUUGACCAGCCAAAAGUUCAUUGAGGCCCUGAUUGUGGUGGAGCCUGCUCGACGCUUAUCUGCCGCUCGAGCUUUACAGCAUGCCUGGUUCGAGACCCUGAAGCAGGUCAAAUCGGCAAGUACAGACGGCGACGAAUCGGAUAUUCUUCCUGGUAGGUUUUCCACGAAGUGA